AUCUUUCUAAUAUCGGAUUUCACGCAACUCUUGCUUCCGCUUUCAUCUUCUUCACCUUUUUUAUUUUCUUUUAACUAUUAUUAUUCGGUGCUCACACUUUUAAGUACUAAGCUAUAGCUAGAUCUCUAGUCGUAGAAAGAGAAGAGAAAGGAAAGAAAUGGUGUCCUGCGCUGUAUCAGGCGUACGUUUUCCUUGCCUUCCUUCAGUGUACAUCACCAAGUCUCAAUCAAGUUUCAAUGGCGAUCCUUUGUGUCGAAAGGGCCUCUCCUUUUUCUCGAAGAAAGACCCAUCUUCUCUGAAGAUGCUUGCUGGAAAGUCGUCUUACGAUUCCGAUUCCCCAAAUUUAGCUGUUACUACUUCUAUUGCUACAACAACAACCACACCGACACCUGAGAAAGUCCUUGUCCCACUCGAUGGAAACGCUUCAGAAGAUCCUCUGGUACCUCAUGAUGUAGAGUGUCUAACAAUGGAAGAUAAUCAGAUUGUUGAAGACAAGGAAAAGCAGGAGACAUCUACUCCUUUGAGUGAGUCAAGAAUCAUUGGUAAAACUGAAGCCAAAUCUAGGUCUAUCCCCCCACCUGGCUCUGGGCAGAGAAUAUAUGAAAUAGAUCCAAGUUUGACAGGUUUCCGUCAACACCUUGAUUACCGAUAUUCAGAGUACAAAAGAAUUCGUGAAGAAAUUGACAAGUAUGAAGGUGGUUUGGAAGUGUUUUCUCGUGGCUAUGAAAAGCUUGGUUUCAUACGCAGUCAAACAGGAAUAACCUACAGGGAAUGGGCACCAGGAGCUAAGUGGGCAGCAUUGAUUGGAGAUUUUAACAAUUGGAAUCCCAAUGCAGAUGUCAUGACCCGGAAUGAAUUUGGUGUCUGGGAAGUGUUCCUUCCAAACAAUGCAGAUGGUUCACCACCAAUUCCCCAUGGUUCUCGAGUAAAGAUACGCAUGGAUACUCCUUCUGGCAUUAAAGAUUCUAUUCCUGCUUGGAUUAAGUUCUCAGUACAGGCUCCAGGAGAAAUCCCAUACAAUGGCAUUUACUAUGAUCCACCUGAGGAGGAAAAGUAUAUAUUCAAACAUCCUCAACCAAAGAGACCAAAGUCACUAAGGAUUUAUGAAGCUCAUGUCGGAAUGAGUAGUACGGAGCCAUUAAUCAACACAUAUGCCAACUUUAGAGAUGAUGUGCUUCCUCGGAUCAAAAAACUUGGUUAUAAUGCUGUUCAGAUUAUGGCUAUUCAAGAGCAUUCAUAUUAUGCUAGUUUCGGGUACCAUGUCACAAAUUUUUUUGCACCCUGUAGUCGGUGUGGAACCCCUGAUGAUCUGAAGUCUCUGAUAGAUAAAGCUCACGAGUUAGGUCUGCUUGUUCUCAUGGAUAUUGUUCACAGCCAUGCAUCGAACAAUACUUUGGAUGGUUUGAAUAUGUUCGAUGGAACUGAUAAUCACUACUUCCACUCUGGUUCACGGGGACAUCAUUGGAUGUGGGACUCUCGCCUUUUCAACUAUGGCAGCUGGGAAGUACUGAGGUUUCUUCUUUCAAAUGCAAGAUGGUGGCUGGAUGAAUAUAAGUUUGAUGGGUUCAGAUUUGAUGGUGUGACUUCGAUGAUGUACACCCACCAUGGGUUGCAGAUGACUUUUACUGGAAACUACAACGAGUACUUUGGAUAUGCAACUGACAUAGAUGCUGUGGUAUAUCUGAUGGUUGUUAAUGAUAUGAUUCAUGGUCUCUUCCCUGAUGCUAUUAGCAUCGGUGAAGAUGUCAGUGGAAUGCCAACAUUCUGCAUUCCUGUCCAAGAUGGUGGUGUGGGAUUUGAUUAUCGCCUCCACAUGGCCAUUGCUGAUAAAUGGAUUGAGCUUCUCCAGAAGAAGGAUGAAGAGUGGAGAAUGGGUGACAUUGUACACACUCUCACUAACAGAAGGUGGCUGGAAAAGUGCGUUUCGUAUGCUGAAAGUCAUGACCAAGCUCUUGUUGGUGACAAGACCAUUGCAUUCUGGUUGAUGGACAAGGAUAUGUACGACUUCAUGGCUCUUGAUAGACCAUCAACUCCUCUUAUAGAUCGUGGAAUAGCAUUGCACAAAAUGAUCCGGCUUAUUACCAUGGGUUUAGGAGGAGAAGGAUAUUUGAAUUUUAUGGGAAAUGAGUUUGGACACCCUGAGUGGAUUGAUUUCCCAAGGGGCGAUCAGCACCUUCCUACUGGUGAAAUUAUUCCAGGCAAUAAUCACAGUUAUGAUAAAUGCCGGCGCAGAUUUGAUCUAGGGGAUGCAGAUUAUCUAAGAUAUCAUGGAAUGCAAGAAUUUGAUCAGGCAAUGCAGCAUCUUGAAGAAAUCUAUGGUUUCAUGACAUCUGAGCACCAAUAUAUAUCACGGAAAAACGAAGGGGAUCGAGUUAUUGUCUUUGAAAGAGGGAACUUGGUUUUUGUCUUUAAUUUUCAUUGGACCAACAGCUAUUCAGAUUACCGAGUAGGCUGCUUAAAGCCAGGGAAGUACAAGAUUGUUUUAGAUUCUGAUGAUCCAUUGUUUGGAGGCUUCAAAAGGCUUGAUCAGGAUGCUGAGUACUUCACCUCAGAAGGGUGGUAUGAUGACCGACCUCGUUCCUUCCUGGUGUAUGCACCAAGUAGAACGGCUGUGGUCUAUGCUCUGGUGGAGGAUGAAUUGGAACCUGCUGAGAGUGAAAAUGAACCUGCUGAGGGCUGAUACUGAUCUCAACAGAGCCUUUCUCGAUUUAGGAUGGGCAUCAGGCAUCUUCAAUCGACAUAGUACAUGGAGGACCAUGAUUUAAGUCAAUCCUAGUGCCGUCGCCAGCCAGCAUUUUGUCAUCCAAGCACAACCAAGAAAAACGAGCUAAGGCAGAGAUCAUGCGAAUUGUUAAUCAGUGGAUCAAAAGAAGACCAAACAAUGUUGAACAUGUAGAGAAUUUUGUCUGACAACUGUGUAGUAUUUGCUGGUCAAGUCAUCGUGCCCUUCCAAGUUCAAAGCAGGCCUCUUCUUGUAUAGGCACAUUGUGAUGCUCCUGUAAAUAAUGGUGCAUUUAUAAUAAAAUGUUAUUGUCUGAUUAGUUUUUCUCA